CGCCCGAGCGCGCGACAUCCGAUCAAAACAUGUCGAGUCACAAUGAUGGAGGAGAUGCGGCCUACACCAAUUUACAAUCGGCCACGGAACGACUUGCAGCAGAAGCAGAAGCGAUGAAACAUAAAUCUGUCUCGGCGUUUGGCUCUCGUGGUGUACAGGACGUGACUGCAAAUUUCAUGGCCGCUAGCAAUCAAUUGCAGCCCGGCGAGCUCGUUAAGGAUGAGUUCUUCACGUUGUUCGAGGCCGUUGGAGCUCUUGAGAUCAUGGAUCCGAAGAUGGACAGUGGAUACGUCGAAGCAAAUGACCCAUUUGAGCCAGAGUAUCAGGUCGAGACCGAAGAGCCCAGUGCUGUAGAGGCGCUCUGGAUAAUGGAUGAACUCAUGCGUCUCGAGAUGCUGUUCCAUGAAGGGUAUCCCCUUUCACAGAACAUUUUCACAUCGCUACAUGUUUUUCGACUGAUCGAUCCGAGCAAUGCAUAUCCAUAUACGCUGACGGCUCCCCUCAGAAGGAGUACGAACAUACAGAAGGUCCUUCGAGCAUACUGCCUGGCAGUCAUCAAAUCUUGUCAACUAUCUCUGGAUUGCAUACAAGCGCAGACCUUCUACGAAGAAGAGGACUUCGUUACUUACCUGUUCGGUCGAGAAUUGUGUCCGAAAAUGAGCAGCGCGGAGGUCUUGCAACUUCUCUCCAACAGUAUCUCCUUACUCGACGAUCACAAGAUUGAGAAAUCGCAGCAGGACACGGAGGUAGACGCUGCGCUUAAGCAACGUCUUGAGAUUCGUGAUUGCCUCUUGCGUGGCCUGGACCGAGAUGCGAAUGGGGAACAGACUCCAAUUCACUGGACUCGACUAAGAGAUCAACUAGGCCAACUGACUGCGAGUCAUGCCUUGGCUUCUGCCGCACCCAAUGCUUUCUCAUUCAAGGUGCAGCGUCAACUGGCAUCGAGCACGCCGCCGAGACCCAUGCCCGAAAUCUCGUGGCAAGCGUCGCUCCAGAAAUGGAUGCGCUUGUGUGAUGAUAUCGUAUCAGCACACAGUGUGACUUCGAUCGAGAUUGUAGAGAGUCCUUACCGGCUCAAGUCAGAAGUUUGGCACUUUGCGUACAGGCUACCGGCACCCACUACCUACGCACGUGCCAAAUUACAAGAACUCCUCACGUCGGACGAGAAGGUCUCUGGUGAUGUCUCCCACUUCGAUCUUAUGCUUGCGGACAUCCGGAUGUUGGUAUUACCUCAGGAUCCACUCGCAGACCCGGAGAGCUUCUUAGUGGAAGCCACACAUGAUAUUCGGCACCGUAGCUCACGUGUCAUUGAAGAUUUCAUGAUGAAGGCAUUUGGCGAAUACCUCAACAUCCACCGUAUGAUCUGCCAAAAUCGGGAUAGAACUCGUCGCUUGAUCACCCAGGCGAUUCCGAUAUACGACGAGCUCGAAGCUCUGGCAGUAGAGAGCGAUGGUCAGAUCUUCGAUAUCAACACCACUCGAUUCACAAGCAUGCAGAGAGCAGAGGUGUAUUUCCCACUUUGGACGUGGACAAGAAUGCAUAAAUUGUGGCUCGUCCAGUGGGCUAUACAGUUGGGUUUUGAGACCAAUCUGUAUCAAGAUCAUGGGCUCUACGAGAUGUACGAUGCUCUUGGUGCAGUGUUUGCCCAACAAGAACGCCUGACUGGCACAGUCGUCUCUGCUGCGAGGACACAAGCAGCAACAGAGGGCAAAAGAAGCUCUGCACGGACCAAAGAUCUCGAUCAAAGCCUCGAGUGGGUCUCAAAGCUGCAGCGAGAAAGUCAUGUCAACCAGAGUCUGGCACUCGUACUGACAUUUCUCUGGGAAUUCUUGAGCAACCUCGAUCUUCUUCCCAAUGUUAGUCUGCAGCCAUACUACCAAGAAGAACGGCGGUAUGAAGCGAGGAUGAAGCCGUUUCUGAGAGUGCAGCAUCAAGUCGUUCCCAGCCUCAGUGCGUUGCAGUCUCGCAAGAAGGACAGAGAGGUGCACUCCUACAGCGUCAUGGAACUUCAACAGUACUUGGAGCAUAUCAUGGGUUUCUCCAAGGAAGGCAGUCGCAUUCAUAGUAUCCUCGAGAACGUCAAGCAUCUCAAGACAGUAGUAUCAGGGAACGGAGAGCAAGCGCAACAACAAGAACUCAAAGCGAUCGAGGCCACAUGCUGGACUGUCAAGAUCACAAUCGCACAGCUUGUGAGUAUAUGCAAGACGCAUGGCAAGGAGCAUGACCCAGUUGAUCAGUAUUCGCUCGGCAGCGUCGUCAGAGUGGAGAUGGCCGAGAUCAAAGACCGGAAACAUCCAUGGUGGGUGGUCCCGAGGAUCAUAGAAGUCGGUUCAUAGAUUAUUGGAAAGCGUCUUGAUCGAUCG